GGCCCGCCGACCUAUUCCAGGACCGGGGGCUUAGCUGGGUCUCCGGGGUCUCGUCAGGUGCUGAGGGUGGGCCGCGCGCUCGGCCCCGGGACGAGGACCGCCGGGCCGGGCAUUGUGGGGUCAGCGUUCUGGUUCCCCUGGCAACCGGAGCCCGUGGGCAGGCCGCGGCGACGCCCGGGAGGCGGCGGAAGGGACCCAUUUGCCGAGAGGGGCCCGUGGGAGCGCGGAGGCCCGGCGGCAUGGAGGACGCGCGGCCCGGGUGGCCCCGGCGCGGUGGCGGGGGCGCGCAGCACGGGCCGGCGGAGGGGUCGGCGCGCCUGAAGCGCGGGGACGCGGACGACGGCGGCGCGGGCUGCUGGUGCUGGCGGCUGCUGUUCCGGCGGGGCGCGGCCCGCGGCUGGCGCAGGAAGGCCAAGCGCGCGCGCGGCCGGGCGGACUCCGAGCGCGGCCUGUGGGUCCAUCCGCGCGUGCAGAGGCUGCUGCAGCGGCUGGCGGCCUGGAGGCGGCGCUACCUGCGGCGCGGGGAGCGGCCCGAGCGGCUGGAGGAGAUCCCGCUGCUGGCGCUGGAGCGCGCGCCCGGCCGAGACUAGGCCGCGGGCGGCCGCCAGGAUCCUCACCCCCACCCCGGGCCGCCCCGUGUGCCCACAGCUUUGGUUCGGUUGUGAUGGACAAAAGGCGAGGAAUGACAAUAAACCCGACGCCACGGGAAUGAGAGAA